ACGUCAAAAAUUCUUUGUACCGUGUUGUUUGAGGUUUGGUUCAUUUGAUAAAUAAAAUGAUUAAUAUGUAUUUAUUGAUGAGCAAUAACUUAAAAUGAUAUUAUACAGCUGAAUUGUUGUGGUAUAUCAGCAGAAAAACCUGACAAUUGUUAUGCUUUGAGAUUAAUUACCACUGUUGGUCUUUUAUGAUGUCUCGCCAAAUGGUUGUGAAUCUCAAUAAUGAGAGGAAAAUUGCUGAAAAACUCAUCAUCCUCAAUGAUAGAGGUAUUGGAAUGCUCACCAGAAUUUACAACAUCAAAAAAGCUUGUGGUGAUGCCAAAUCCAAGCCAGGUUUUCUGUCGGAUAAGAAUUUGGAAUCUUCUAUUAAAAGUAUUGUUCGAAGAUUUCCCACAAUCGAAUCCAAAACGUUAGUGAAUAUUAAUAGCAUUAAGAAUGAAAUAAUUAAAUCUCUCUCCCUAUAUUAUUACACAUUCGUUGAUUUAUUAGAGCUCAAGGACAAUAUUUGCGAGCUUCUCACUAUGAUGGAUGCUUUUCAAGUAGAACUGGACAUAACAGUAAAUUUUGAAUUGACAAAAGGUUACUUGGACCUGGUAACAACAUAUGUUUCCCUAAUGAUAUUAUUAUCGAGAGUCGAAGACAGAAAAGCUGUCUUGGGACUCUUCAACGCUGCCUAUGAAAUCGUGAAUAAUGCAAGUGAUCCUAGUUUCCCGCGUUUGGGUAGCAUGAUUAUGGAUUACGAUGUUCCUUUCAAAAAAUUAUGCGAGGAGUUUGUACCACAUGCUAAACUACUGUAUUCGGCGUUGAACUCAAUCACCCCCAUUUAUAUAUCCAGAAAUGUAUCUGCAGUGAAGUGGAGGGAAGAACAAAAGUUGACAUUAGUAGGAAAUCCAGGAAUGCUGUUGAAACCAAUCCAAGCUGAAAAGACAAGUUGUGAGUUUCUGUCCUUGGAUACCAUGGAACGAUGGGUUGUAUUUGGUUCAUUAUUAUUGCAUGCUAACCUUCAAAAAGAAAAUAAUAUAGCUUGGACUAGUGCACUUGAAUCAUCAUGGGUUAUACCACUGUUCAGGGAUGAAGUUCUGCACAUACAUCAGUAUAUCUUGUCAUUUUUUGAUAGUAUUAAGGGUUAUAGUAAAAAAGUAGCAGAGGUGAAAGAAUGUUUCAAUCAAGCUGUACAAAAAGCAGGUUAUCAGCAUCGAGAAAGAAGGAAAUUUUUACGGACGGCUUUGAAAGAGUUAGGAUUGAUUCUUACUGAUCAACCGGGUUUAUUGGGACCAAAAGCUCUCAUGGUUUUCCAAGGUUUAUGUUAUGCUAGGGACGAAGUUCUUUGGUUAUUGAGACAUUAUGACAAUCCUCCGCAACAGAAAAAUAAAGGUAAAUUUACUGAUGACCUUGUUGACAGGCAUUUACCUGAAUUGUUGUUCCACAUGGAAGACCUUCGGGUGCUAGUGAGGAAAUACAGCCAAGUCAUGCAAAGAUAUUACGUACAAUAUUUGGCUCACUAUGAUGCCAUAGAGUUGAAGCUGAUCAUUCAGAAUCUAACAAUGUGUCCUGAAGAAGAAAGUAUCAUUUUGUCUUCUUUGUGCAAUACCAUAUCGAACCUUUCCGUCAAACAAGUAGAAGAAAAUGAAACUUUCAACUUUUUCGCUUUCCGACUAGACUGGUUCAGACUACAGGCCUUCAUUUCCCCUGCUAAAGUACCAUUACAAAUUAUGAAUCAUAAGGACAUGGCCCAAUUUUUGGACACUGUACAAUUCCAUACGAAAAUGGUUGAUAAUUUGGAUGAAAUGCUGAUUGAAACGUCUGAUCUGUCCAUAUUUUGCUUCUACAGCAGAAUUUUCGAGGAUCAGUUUCAUAUGUGUUUAGAAUUUCCAGCGCAAAACCGAUACAUUGUUGCCUUUCCCUCGAUAUGCAGUCAUUUUCAAAACUGCACACAUGAUUUGUGCCCUGAGGAACGACACCAUAUAAGAGAACGAAGUUUAUCAGUUGUUAACAUGUUUCUCGAUGAAAUGGCCAAAGAAGCGAAGAAUAUCAUCACGGCUAUCUGCGACGCUCAGUGUAAAAUGAGUGACAAACUGCUACCUAAAAACUGUGCUCAGUUGAUCUCGGCACAGCUCCAAAAGAAGAAGAAAGAUAAAAAUAAGAAAAAUAUCAUUGAAUUUGAGAGGCCAGGCAAAGAAAGUUACAGGAAAACUAGAGAAAAUUUGACGACGAUGGAUAAGUUACACAUGGCUUUAACGGAACUUUGCUAUUCGAUAAAUUAUUUCUCAAACAUUAAUGUUUGGGAAUAUACAUUUGCCCCGCGAGAAUAUUUGCAUCAGCACCUAGAAACUCGAUUCUCGAAAGCUCUUGUAGGAAUGGUAAUGUAUAAUCCAGACACAAACGAGAUUGCAAAACCCUCCGAGUUACUUGUCAGUGUUAGAGCUUACAUGAAUGUGCUACAAACGGUUGAGAAUUACGUUCACAUCGACAUAACAAGGGUUUUCAAUAAUUGUUUGUUGCAACAGACCCAACCAUUGGACAGUCAUGGGGAUAAGACCAUUGCGGCUAUAUAUACCCAGUGGUACUCUGAAAUCUUGCUAAGAAGAGUUAGUGGAGGUAACAUAAUUUUCUCCAUGAAUCAACGUUCUUUCGUUAGUUUAACGGUAGAAGGAUCCAUUCCCUUCAAUCCUGAGGAGUAUUCGGAUGUGAAUGAAUUACGAGCUUUGGCUGAACUCAUCGGUCCAUACGGAAUGAAGCAGCUGAAUGAGACAUUGAUGUGGCAUAUAGCCAGUCAAGUGAUCGAACUGAAAAAGCUUGCAGAAACAAAUAAAGAUGUAUUGUUAGCCUUAAGAACCAAUUUCGAUAAACCGGAGGUGAUGAAGGAGCAGUUCAAGAAAUUGACACAUGUCGAUAAUGUCCUGCAGCGGAUGACAAUCGUUGGAGUUAUCUUGAGUUUCCGGGAUCUGGCACAAUCGUGUCUGACAGAUGUACUGGAACAGAGGAUACCCUUUUUACUUAGCUCAAUUUUAGAUUUUCGACAUCAUCUACCCACAGGUGACCCUAUGAAGGUUGUCAGCGAAAUGACAUCAGCAGCCGGAUUGCCUUGCAAAGUGGAUCCGUCUCUCGUGAACGCUAUCAAUGCACAAAAAGCCGAGAUAGAAAGUACUGAAGACCAUCUGUUGGUAUGUCUACUGAUGGUGUUUGUGGCCGUUUCCAUUCCAAAACUCGCAAAAUCGGAACAGUCCUUCUACAGGGCGUCUCUUGAAGGUCACACAAACAACAUACACUGCAUAGCACUCGCGGUGAAUUACAUGUUCGGUGCUUUAUUUACCAUCUGUAAUCAAGGCGAUAUAGAGGAUAGAAUGAAAGAGUUCUUAGCGUUAACUUCAUCUAGUUUAUUACGUCUCGGGCAGGAAGCUGACAAAGAGGCCAUAAAAAAUAGAGAAUCUGUUUAUUUGCUGUUAGAUCAGAUUGUACAAGAAUCCCCUUUUCUAACAAUGGAUUUGUUAGAAUCGUGCUUUCCUUACGCUUUAAUCAGAAAUGCCUAUCACGCAGUUUAUAAGCAAGAACAGUUGUUAGCUUAAGAUAUAAUAUGUAAUAUUGUGUUCUUUUAUAUUGUUUUAAGUAUUUAUAUUAUACAUAUCUUUAUUUAUGAGUAGAAUGUAACUUGAAUUGUCAAAAGUAACUGAAAAAAUGACCUAUGAGGCUUAUUCAUGAAAUAGAAAAAAAUUCGAUUGUACAAAUACUGUUCAUCAUUGAUAAGCCAAAGAAAAGUUUUGUGAGUAUUCCAAUUUUCAUUGUUUUAUUGAUUAACAAAGAAUUCCAAUCAAUAUAUAUUUCCUUGUGACAUUCAUCUCAUACAUUGUUGGAAUCAGAUAUAUAAAUUUUAAAGCUUUAAAUCGUUUAUUUCACAAAUGAUAAUGAAAAUUAUUGAUUUCAUUGGGAGAUGUUUGUGAUUAUUUUCCAUAUGUGUGAUUUGAAUCGAUGAUAGAUCUUUUGAUAGCAACAAUUAGGUUAUAAAUAGUAUGUAGGCACUGAUACUCCCUGUAAUUAAGUACCUUUGAUUUCAUAUUUAGUGUAACAAUAGAACAAAAUUCAAUAAAGAUUUUGUAUUAAUUAUA